AUGGCUCAACUUUCCACUGAUACAGAUAUGCUUAAUCGACAAUGUGAUGAAUUAGAUUCUCUCGGCACAUUUUUAUCAAAAUUAAGAGAACAAUUGCUUACCAUGUCAAUGGAUGCUAAAAUAACACGAAUUAAAUUAGAGAAAUUUACCGAAUUACUAGAUUCAAAAGUAAUAGAAUGUGAUCAAUAUAAAGAUAUUGCAAAACAAUUUAAUCAGGUAGUAUUAAAAAUAAAGAAAGAUGUUGAUGAAACACAAGCAAAUUUGUUUAAUGAAAGUAAAGAAUGGUAUCAAAUUAAACAGAAAUUGGCGAUGGCAACGGCAGGUGGUAAAGUAACAUUGAAUGUUGGUGGUGAAAAAUAUCAAACAUCCAUUGAAACAUUAACAAGAGAAAAAGAUACAUUUUUUACGGCAUUAUUUUCGCGUCAAUGGGGACUCGAAAAAGAUGAAGAAGGAUGCGUUUUUAUCGAUCGAAAUGGAAAAUUAUUUGGGAUCAUUCUAGAAUAUUUGAGAACUGGACGAUUAUUAUUGCCUAAUAGUGAGGAUAGUGCAUUACGACAGAGUUUAAUGAUUGAAGCUGAAUUUUACCAUUUGAAAACAUUACAUUACCUAUUAUCAGGGAAAAAAGAGAAAAUGAUGGAGACAUAA